UAAAAAUAUAAAUAUAUAAACUGGGAAAAAUAUAUAAAUAUAAUGAUGAAAAAAAAACUGAAACACCAAAACGGAGAAAGAAAGAACGGGGAUCGCCGUUGCGGCGCCGGCCACGACCGCCGUGAGCGCUAUGUUCAUCUUUUUCGGCAUAGUUGCGCCUCCACCGUCUCACUCUCUCUCUCUCUCUCUCUCUCUCUCACUCUCACUCUGCGUGUGUUUCUUCCUCUCUAGUAUUUCAGAUCUGCAUUUUGUACAUGAUUGGAAAUCGAAUCGAAGAAGAAUAUGAAAGGGAUGGAAGCUUGCCGCCGUGACUCCGGCCACGUCCUUCGGCGCGUUUUGAUCACUUUCCGUUCUCCUUCACUCUCACUUUCUCUCUGUUUCUCUCUCCCUCUCUCUCUGUCUCUCUAAUUUUGCAGGUUAUAUCAAUUUUUUGUUGUGUAUUUUCAAAUCUCAUGGAAUUAAUCUAUAUUUUUUUUCCAAUUUUGUGAAAUCUCCAAAUGAAUGAAAUUGGGGUUGUUGAUUUUGAUUUAUGCAGAUAACAUUAACAGAGAAUAAACUAAGAUAUUGGUUUAUUGAUUUUUUUUUUAAAAAAAAUAAUAAAAUUGGUUUUGGAUAUGGAUAUCCGGUUAAAUAAUCGGUUUUCAUAUUUGGAUAACCAACCAUAUGUAAAUGGAUUGGUUAAAUUUCAUUUUAGAAUUAACUGGAUUUUUAAGAUUGGAUUUGGAUGUGGUUGUGGAUUUUGCAUUAUAACCGAUUAUUUUGUGCACCCCUAUCUAGAAUAUUGACCAUCAAACAUAACUAUCAUAGCUAACUUGCGAGUUCUUACUUCUUAUCAACACACAAUUGCGAGAAAACAACUAUAUUUUCAUCCACAUUUCUAAAAAACCUAAAAGUUUGUAUGUUCAGAAGCACACUAUCGGGACAAAAAAACCGUGGCUUUAUUUUUUUGUGUUCAAUCAAAGUGAUUUUGGGUGGAAAAUGUUCGUAUCCACUCUUGAGAUGCUAUCUGCCAACCUCAUUAGGCCACUAACCACUAUUGCCACUAUGACUUAGAUAUUUUGGACUUUGGAGUGAGUGAGAGAGAGACUUAUUAAUAUUUCAACUGUGGGAUACACCUAAACCAGUCACACCAUUCACCAAUACUGAUUUGUGUUCUUGCUUUAUUCAUGUGAAAGCCCCAUCCAAAAUACAGAGAGAGUAAAUGGUGCAUGCAAGUGCUGGCAAGAGACACUACAAGUUACUAUGUGCCUUGACUGCAAUUGUCCUUAUAGCUCUUUGGUCUAUGUUCACAGGCUCUGUCACCCUCAAAUGGUCCACAAACAACAUCAAUCAAUUCUCAGAUGACUUGGAUUCAACGAUUCUUGAUAAUCUAGAUGUGUUGGAAGUGGAGGAAAGAGAGAAGGUGGUGAGGCACAUGUGGGAUGUGUACACUCGCAGUCAUAGUAACUAUAUUGGAUUACCUCAGUUUUGGUUGGAAGCUUUUGAAGCUGCUUAUGAGCACUUGGUCAGUGAUGUUCCUGCAGUUCGAGACGCUGCUGUUUCAGAAAUUGCCAAGAUGUCACUAGCACUGCGCUCACACAUUUUACACCAACUUCCUCUUCAACUUCAAUCACCAUUGAGCAGCAAGAGAUCAAGAAAACUUAAGCAAGAAAAGAGUCAGAGGGAAUUGGAUCAUUAUGAAGACCAUGCAUUUCAAAAUAAUCCCUCCCCAUCCUCUUAUAAUCUUACCUCCCAAAUGAAUACAUCUGCAUGAUUUUAUAGGUUUCUAAAUUUGAAUUAUUGUAGUUCAGAUUAUUUCUAAAUCACGCGAUGGCAAUCAAAUUCACAACAAAAAUUAGUAAUGAUGGUUUUUAGAUGAUAUUAAAUGAUGUGAUUAAAUUAUUUCUGUUUUUUUUUUAUUUAUUUAUGUGUGCACCCAAACAUUUUUCAUUUGAGAAUUGAGAUUGUGCCUACAUAAAACUUACUCCAUGGGACACCUUUA